CAUACAGUGUACUUGUCAACCUCAACUUUACUAAAAUCCAUAAUAUUAAAAAACUUUGCUUAAAAUGUCGUCAAAGAAAUCCAAAGGUAAGUCGAAAAAGAGAGCCACUCGGGCAGCGUCCAAUGUUUUUGCUAUGUUUGACCAACAGACUAUUCAGGAGUUUAAGGAAGCCUUUAACAUGAUCGAUGUUGGCCGAGAUGGUUUUAUUGACAAGUCUGACUUGAACGAAACCUAUAUCAAUCUGGGAAAACUGUGCACGGAUGAUGCCCUUGAAAGUAUGAUGAGUGAAUCCGCCGGCCCUAUGAAUUUCACUGCUUUCCUGACAUUGUUUGGUGAGAGAUUGAACGGUACGGAUCCUGAAGAUGUCAUACGUAAUGCUUUUGGCUGCUUUGAUGAAACUGGUAGUGGAAAAAUCCCUGAAGAAACACUCAGAAACAUGCUUAUGCAAGCAGGAGAUAGAUUCACGGAAGAAGAAGUUGAAGAAAUGUUCAACAAUGCGCCGAUGGAUCGCCAUGGAAACUUGCUUUAUAAUGAUUUUUGUAAAACAAUCAAAGGAUCAGAGAAAGAUGACGACUAGACUAACACAUUAUAGACAUUGUCUUAACUCAAAGAAUGUCUUUUUUUAUUUUCUGUAAUAAAAGUAUAUGCUGUUACAA